GACGUCUCCUGAUGGACACGCCCUACGCCUUCUUCCUUUUCAAUCCAAAACUUGUCUGGCUGGGAUCCUUUUUUUCUCGUAGGCGAAACUUUUUUUUCACCUCUGUUUCAAAAAAUGUCUUUGAGUGACAAAAGCGAUGAAGAGCUCAGCAAGUUGCUUACUGAGUACGGCAUCAAACAUGGACCCAUAGUUGACUCCACUCGCAAGUUGUAUGUGAAGAAGCUUGAGAGGGCCAUGGAAAAGCUGCCAGUGAAAACCUCCUCUGAUAAGACUUACUACAGAGAGGAAGAAGAGGAAAUUACGUACGUCACGUACCAUAGCCCGGUCAGACAUGAAGGUUAUGAAGACAUGCUCAGAAGGAGAUACAACAGUGAACCAUAUGACGAUGAGGAAUCAGACGGAGACCAACAGCCCAUCCUGCGCAAGAGCAGAUCAGCCAAUCAGAACGCCGUGCACUCCAAGGAGACCGUCCAAUCUGGCUGCAGCAUGUGGGGGAUGAUAAGAAUACUACUGCUACUAGCAGUAGUAGCAGCUGCUUACUACAUUUAUUGUCACAUGACCAAAGACGAAAACCCUUUCAAGCUUCAAUAAUCAAUAAACGACCACUUCCAGGAUGCCAG